GAUCUUGAUCAUAUUCUGAAUUAAGAAAUCAUUAAUGCAGUCAAAAAUCAUUUACAGGGAACAUAAAUAAUUACUUUACCUUCCGAGUCUUUCGUUCAUUCGUCACGCGUUCAUGAACGACUCAUCACUUCAAGAAACGGAACGAGACAGACAAGACAAAAGCGAAACCACACAACAAGGAAGCGCGGACUGCAACUAAUCCAUCAACUUUUGACACAAAAUGGCUACAACCAAAACAGUGAUAAUUGACGCACUUGAAGAGCUCCUGGAAGGCGAGUUCAAAACAUUCAAAUGGCACCUGUCGAACAGUGACGAGCCUAUUCCUCGAGGAAAACUUGAGAAGGCUGAUCUCCACGAUGUGGUGGAUCUCAUGGAGCAGCACUACAACAGAUCAGAUGCCGGAAAGAUUGCAGUCAGAACGCUACGCAAAAUGAAGCAAAAUGACCUUGCUGAUCGACUGAAGGGAAAACUUCAGGAAGUUCCAGAGGAUGUUCCUGAUGGAGCGAGAGCUUCGUCUAGUGGGAUACCGGCACCGGCACCGGCUCAGACUGCUGGAGUUACUAUGAACAUUACAUCCAAUGGAGGAACCGUAAAGGCCCCUGUUGUUCACGGGUGUACUGUUACAGGCCCAAUGACCUUCAACUAAUGCUCAAGUAUCUAUCUAUCUAUCUAUCUAUCUAUCUAUCUAUCUAUCUAUCUAUCUAUCAGGGGUCAGAAUUUUUAUAAAGGGGCCAAUUUUUCAAUAAGCACAUGAAAAUGUAAUGAGUGUUUAUUUGACCAUGUGUCACCAUUGCUUUGUCUGUUUGUAGAUCGAUUGAUAUUGUACUCACUUUACUGAAAAUUAUGAAGGACGAAUGUAAGGAUGAAAACAUUUUUUGUCGCAUACAGUGAACAUUCAUUCAUUAUUUGUUUACACGAGAUACCAUUAUCCUCAACUAUAGGCCUGUUCACACCGGGACGAAUUUUACGCGAUAUUUUCCGACGUUUAACGCCUUGUGACUAAACAGAGUGCGCCAAUGCCGUAGCGCGCGUAAAAGCGUCAUUUUUUUUUAAAUGCCUCGGGUUCGUUUUUUUAUCCGACCAAUGAGAUUGGUGCUUUUGCUC